UAAAAUUUAAAGUCAGGUUAUGUUCAAUACUGUGGCAACUUCAGAAUGUACACAAUAUUCUUUAGUCGUAAAACGUAUAAUUCGUGAUCGCCGCAAACGUAGGAGUAACAUAACAAUUAUUAAAACUUUAUACGCAAGCGAUCUUUACACAUAAGUUUGCAUUAUUUCAAUCAGAAAUCUAAUUUUGAAUACAGUAGUUUCCGGUACGUUUUGCCACUUCCUUAGACAGCCAUUUUAUAAGACGCUUCACGAUCGCGUAUGUUUGCAUGUACGGUGUCUUUUACCCUUUUUAAGUGCGAACUGCAAUAUCAGUUCUUUAAAUAAUUUAGCUUGUUGAGUAAAAGAAGCCUCAACAAUGAUCAAACAAGAGGAGAAUCCAGCGCAGAAUAAUGAUGAAAGGGACCGAAGUAGGGAGCGUGAUCGUAAUCGGAGAUCGGAAAGACAAAAUCGAAUAAAUUCUACUAGUCGAGAUCGGAGUAGAGAACGAAACGAUCGUGGUGGUAGAAAACCUUCAGAUCGCCGAAUUUAUGUAUCAAACAUUCCCUAUGAUUUUCGAUGGCAAGAUCUUAAGGAUUUAUUCAGAACGGAAGUUGGAAAGGUUGCGCAUGUGGAACUGUUUACCGAUGAAAAUGACAAACCUAGAGGCUGUGGAAUUGUCGAAUUUGAGGAUUCAGACUCUGUAAAAAUUGCUGUAGAAAAAAUGCACAGAUAUGAUAUUAAAGGAAGAAAACUUGUCGUCAAAGAGGUAGACUUUGAUGUUGAACGUGAUAAAUAUGGUCGUCUAGCCACAGCUCGUAACAAUGACAGAGUUCGUGAUGAUAGAUUUAGAGAUCCACCAAGACCACAAGGGGGUGGUCGCCAAAAUAUGAAUCCUCCUGCUGGUGGAGGUGGUGGUGGAGGUGGUGGCGGCGGCGGCGGUGGUGGUGGUGAUAAUAAAUUUGGAAAUACUUAUGGUCUAAGUACUCAGUUUUUAGAAUCUUUAGGUAUUAAUGGACCCUUAGUUACUAGAGUGUUUGUAGCGAAUCUUGAUUACAAAGUGGAUGAAAAGAAACUAUUGGAAGUUUUUAAACUAGCUGGUAAAGUAUUGCAUGUUGAGUUAGGAAAGGAUAAAGAUGGAAAAUCACGAGGAUUCGGAGUCGUAGAAUACGAUCAUCCGGUUGAAUCGGUUCAGGCUAUAUCGAUGCUUCACAAUCAACAACUGUAUGACAGACGUAUGACUGUUAGACUUGAUAGAGCAAAUGAACCAGACAUGCCACCAAAGUUGCCAGAAGGUUUAAAGGGAAUUGGAAUGGGACUUGGAGCUGGUGGUAAUAGAUUAAUGGAUGUAGCUAGAAACAUUCCUAAUGUACAAGCAAAUAAUCCACCUGUUGUAAAUCCUAUUUCUGCACCCGUGUUGGCUGCUGGAGCCUUUGGUGCUGGCUUAAAUAAUGUUGUGCCAGCACAAUUAGCCUCUGCAUUGACAAACACGAAUGCAGCUCUUCAAGCAAGUUUUGCUGGAGGUUUAGGUGCUAAUUUGGCCAGCAGUUCAUUGCUGAAUUCAUCUUUAACAAAUGAAUUGGCUUCUAACUUAAAUAAUUUUGGCGGAGGAGUCGGAGGUGUCGGAGGUUUGUCUAAUUUACAAGCCUCUUUAACUGGUGGACAAAGCAACAAUUCGUUUGCGUCUCGAGGCUUAUCUAAAAUGGACAAUGAUGUAGGCUUCGGUGGAAACAAUGCUUUCGGUGGUUCUAACUUCGGUGGUGGAAGAGAUUUUGAUGGUGGAUUCAACAGAGGGGACAAUGAUCGUGUUCCUGGUGCCGGUGGUGGUUUCUCUGGCAAUCAAAGCCAAGGAGGAGGCGGUAACAGGCAAAACACGAAUGGUUCACGACCGAUGUCGGAUACUAUUCUUAUAGGAAAUUUACCACCAAAUACCACAUGGCAAAUGUUGCGAGACAAAUUCCAAGAUGUCGGAGAGGUCAAGUUUGCUGAAAUGCGGGGCACUGAUAUGGGAAUGGUACGAUUUGCAUCUGAAUGGGACGCUGAACGUGCUGUGUCUAUGAUGAAUCGGUCACGCAUUGACGGCAGAACGAUUGAUGUUCGCCUUUACUAAAAGACGGGAAUACACUUAAGCGAGAGGAGACUGGGUGUUCGUAUGUCGUCUGCAGGAUUGUUCCACUCCUGAUGACAAUACUUGAAAUUCAUCCUAGUUGUGUGGCAGAACUUAGGACGGUGGGUGAGAAGUAUCUGUCGUUGGAAGAUCAACAAUCGUGUUUUAUGCCUACUUCAACGUUGAAACACUCAUUGGCUGCUGAUGAUCACCCUUCCUUGCUACAACUGUUUCAUUCGAAAUUCGUUUACCAGAUUAUCGUUCCUUUUUACAGUGGAUGUCUAAUAAUUGUUCACUCCAAAACCAAUCUUUUUCGAGUGAUCGAUAAAUAGUUUAGUUGUUAGGAAUAGGUUCAUAAUGUUCAACGUAAUCCAUAGGUUUUUUUCAGUAUGUAGGUUUAUGAUAUUUACAGUAAUUAUCAAACAUAGUUUGUAAGUUUAUUUCUUAGUUUUCAUGAUGAGAGAUCAAUCAGUUUUCCCACAUUCCGGUCGAACGUGACGCUCUGGUCGUUCCCGGGACUGGUUUAUCAAUCAGGGACAGAUUAAUCUUUCAAGUAUAAAUAUUAACGCGAUAUAGCUGUUACGGAUUGUACGAGUUAAAAGUUUAUCCAUGUAUGAUAGAUACUUUCAUGCACAAUCCUACACAGAUCGUGGACGUGUGUGUUCGGUUUUUCUGUGGUAUCGGUCGCACUCUGUUCUUGUAUCUCAAUACAUAGAAUGAUACAUCAUGGCUCAACAGGGGAGUGUAUCGUUUUCAUUGUAGUUCUGCGAUCUGAUCGUUUACUCGUCGCGCCACAUCGUUCUAGUAACUUGGAGAUUCAAGUAGAGAAAAAAUUUUAGUUGUCAUUAGGAAGCUCCCUUCCAGUUCACCUCGUUUUUUCGAGACUUCAGCGAAUGAACUAUUGGAUUGACUUUAUACCCUAAAUUCGGCAGAAUUGUCUUACAUAUUGUGCAUCAUAAUAUGUUUACCAAAAAAUACUAAAUAUUUAACUUAAGACAAAUACGGACAAUUUAAAGAAGAUAAACGAUCAAGAAGAUAUCUAGUUAAUAUAAAAUGUUACGAGUUUAUUCUUUGGUAAACAUAUUUCCUCUCGCCAUGUAGAUCUCGAGGAACAUUCUGCGCAUUGUAUAACACUCUUGUAUAACCACGACAUCAUGACAGUGAUUGAAUAAAAUCCAAAUCCGUUUUGACUACAAAAAUAU